UGACCAAUCGAAAACGUAUUUCUAACCUUAAACUUAAAUUUGACAUUUUCGUUUUCAUAAACCAAAAUAUAUGUAUUAAAAUGGUAAGGAAGCGAACGAGGGCUUCACGAUACGCACGUAAAUCCUACGACAGCGAUGAAAACGAUAGCGAUAUUGAUCUAGAUUUCGACACUGUUUCGUCAACUCCAGCCCCAAAACGGUACGGUCUAAGAGAGCGUAAACGGCCCCUCUUUUGCGAAGAUUUUGAUUACGAAGAAGACGAAAAUGGUUCAGUGAAACCCAAUUCGGACGACGAAGAAUACAAUGUGGAAGAAGAUAUACAGGAAAAGCUUUCUGACUUUGUUAAUAAUCUAGAUUAUGUCACACAGUCUAAACAGGUUUCUUCUGAGGAGCCUUUAGUAGACUUUGAAGAUAUGAUCAGAGCCGAUGUGGUCGUGAAUAAGCAGAGGCUUGAUUAUGACAAUCUAAUCAAUAAAAGUGAAAUAAAAGUCAUAACACCUAAUCAGCCGCAACCAGUAAAAGGUCGAAGGGGGAGAAAGCCAAAGGUGAAAAUGGAAGUUUCAGCAAAUGAAUCAGAAACAGAAACUGUUAUAAAUAAAUUUGAAGAUGCGCUGGAGGUGCAAUUAAAUCCAGAAGACCUUCUUCAAACUGAGUUUAGUGAAGGCUGUGGUACAGUGAUUGGUAAUGGAACAUUAACUACCAAAGAACCUUUAGUUGAACAGAGUAAAAUAACCGCAAGUGAUAAUAUCAGUGCAGAUCAAAAAGUGACAAAUGGUUUGACAUCACAGAGUGAUGUUCAUUGUGAACCAGAUUACAUUGAUGAAAAGGAUAAAGAAAUAAAACUGAGCAAUGAAUAUUUGCUGGCAAAUUCAUUUGAUUUAAACUCUGAGGAUUUCCUUAAAAGACAAGAAGAGAUGAAAAACACAGUUGAAGAAGAAGAGGAAAUUCCAUUGGUUAAUUUCGAUGAAGAUGAUGACAGUAAUGACGUAAUAAUAAUUGAAGAAAAACCUAAUAUUAUUGUUUUAGAUGAUGACUAAUUUUAGUCAUUUUGGAGAUUGUUUAGACUGAUUUAUGUUGUUUUAAAGUUGUGUGUGAAUACAAUUGGCAAGCUGUACAUUUAGCUACUUUAUGAAAUUCCCAUCCAGGGAUUUUUGAUUUUGUUAUUUUUCAAGUAGAACUUGCAAAAACGUAAGACCAGAAACACUUAAGGGUUUUUUAUUCUGGUCGAACUCCUAUUCAGAAAAAUCUGUAUGGAAAAUGUAAUUAAUUGUGAUAUAUUUGUAUAAAAAAUCAAAGCGGCAGUUGUCAUAGCUUAAGCAAGAGUCCUUGCAGGUUUGCAAACCAGUGUUUUUUGUAAUUAAAUAAAUUCUUUAUUUGGCAAAA